AUGACAGAGCUCAAGUUGGCUGUUGGCAGUGGCGUCGAUCCUCGCCUUGCAGCGUCGAUCUCGCAGUUGACGACGCUCUCUUACAGCGGCGCCGAUCCUCUUCCCACAAAGUCCAACAACACCGAUCGAGGAAUAGAGAGAAGACGGAUUCACCCUCUUCUCUCCUCCGCAAGCUCCGAGCAUCUCCGCCUUUGGACGCCUCGGCCGAUGGCUCUUUAUUCACUUCGCAUCCGCCGCGCCCUUUCUCUUUCCUCCUCCCUCCAUCACCUGCUCUCGCCCAUCCAUCACCCCAUACCUAUUUCACCAGUCCCCUCUCCUUCCACCGCGCAACUCAACACUGCCACUGCCUCCGUCACAUUCUUCAAAUCGAGGCGUCAAUUCACUUCUACUACUCCACUCUCACUGUCUUCUCGGGGUCGGCCAUUCGACCCGGAGACUGACGAGAUAGGGCCCGACACCAUCCUCUUCGAAGGAUGCGACUACAACCACUGGCUCAUAACAAUUGAUUUUCCCAAGGAUCCCCAACCGACCCGCGAAGAAAUGAUAGAAUUUUACGUCAAUACUGCUGCCCAAAUAUUUGGAAGCGUGGAAGAGGCAAAGAAGAAAAUAUAUGCACUAAGUACAACAACAUAUCAAGGUUUUCAGGUUGAAUGUUCAGAGGAAACAUCAGAGAAGUUUAAGAAUCUACCCGGAGUUGUAUUUGUACUGCCAGAUUCCUAUAUCGAUCCAGUAAAUAAGGAAUAUGGAGGAGAUAAGUAUGUCAAUGGAGAAAUUUUUCCUAGGCCACCCCCGAUACAAUAUGUCAGGCAUAACAGAGGCCGGCGUCCGAGAGAGCAGAUGUCAUACCAACAAGGAAACACAGCAUAUAAUGACCUGGGGCCCAUGCGUGGGGAAGUGAGAAAUCAUGGUCAGAACUAUGGCCCACCACGUCAGCAGAACUAUGGCCCACCACAGCAGCAAAACUAUGGCCCACCGCAGCAGCAGAACUAUGGCCCACCACCGCAGCAGAACUAUGGCCCACCACCGCAGCAGAACUAUAACCUGCCACCGCAGCAGAGCCAUGGCUCGUCACCACAGCAGAGCUAUGGCCAGCCACCAAAUUUUCCUCCCCAGCAGGGUUAUGUUCCAUCGGGAUCAGGUGAAAGAAGAGGUCCUAUGCCACCAAGAAAUGCCCCUGGCGGGUGGGAUAAUGGCAGAAGAGAUCCAAUGCCUUCAUAUCAGAGCAGUUAUAGUCAAGGAGAACCUGGAAAUUAUCGUGCUCAAGGGCAGAGAGACUUCCCACAAGGAAAUCAGUGGAGCCAGGUACCUCCUGAGCAGAGGGGGCUGUCACAAGACACUCAGAACUAUGGACCUUCAGAAGGUGGGACUUUUGAACGGGGACCAGGGGGCGCUCAGGGACAAGCUUAUGGACAGAAUCAGCCACGGCAUGGAGAUGACCAGAGAAGCAACAACCAAGCAUGGGAGCAAAGAAACCUUUCAUCCAUGGGGAAUACUAUGACUGACCAAGGGAGAUAA